AUGCCCAAAGCCCCCGGAGGAGACGCGCGUCAAAUGAGACGUCACAACCCAUUGUCGGAAGACUACGCACCCUCGAAUCCGCACAAGCAAAAAGCGCCAAAGAGGAAAGGCCGCUCCAAUGCCGGCGACGACGAUAAUGAACAACAAGCAUACAUCGACUCGAAAGCGUCAAGGAAGAUCAUCGCUCUAGGACAGGAUUUGACCGCCGAGGAGGAUGCAGAGCUCGAAGCGCUCAGACCGCAAAACGGAACGAAAUCAGCUUUCGAGUUUGAGAGAGGUCUGCGCGAUGAGGAGGAUUCUGAUGAGGAGGCUGGUGUCCCGGCAGACGAUGAGGCAUGGGGAGACGAGGAAGAUGAGGAGGUAGAAGAGGUCGAGGUGGACCCCGAGGAUCUGGCCAUGUUCAACAAGUUCAACCCCGAGUUCGACCCUGCGACACUGCUGGCACCGCAGCCGGCAGAGGACCAAGGAGAGAGCACCAACCUUGCAGACUUGAUUUUGGAGAAGAUUGCCCAGCAUGAGGCCAGUCAGGCCCAAGGGCACGUCAUUCGUGGCGGUGGUGCCCCCGAAGAUGCCAUCGAGCUGCCAGCAAAGGUCGUCGAGGUUUACACCCAGUACNNAAUCGGCAUGAUCCUCUCCCGAUUCCGCUCCGGCAAGCUCCCCAAGCCUUUCAAAAUCCUACCCACCCUCCCCCAAUGGGACACUCUCCUCUCCAUCACCCGCCCCGACUCCUGGACCCCCAACGCAACUUACGAAGCCACCCGCCUCUUCACCUCCUCGCGCCCCGCCGUCGCCCAAGCCUUCAUCCACGACAUCCUCCUCGACCGCGUCCGCGACGACAUCCGCGAGACCAAGAAACUAAACGUCCACCUCUACAAAGCCCUCAANAAGUCCCUCUACAAACCCGCUUGCUUCUUCAAGGGCUUGCUGUUCCCUCUGUUGGCGUCCGGCACUUGCACUCUGCGCGAGGCCCAUAUUAUUUCUUCCGUGCUUGUUCGCGUCAGUAUCCCUGUCUUGCACUCUGCGGCUGCCAUCCACCGUCUCUGCGAAAUCGCUGCUGAGCAAAUGACCGAUAACCUCGAGGCCGGCGGCGCAACAAACAUCUUCAUCCGCGUGCUGCUGGAGAAGAAGUACGCUCUGCCCUACAAAGUCGUUGACGCACUCGUAUUCCACUUUUUGCGUUUCCGCGCCGUGGACGCAGAUGCAACGACAGAUGCACCUCUGACCAUCAAGAGCGGAGAAAAGCUGCCUGUGCUGUGGCAUCAGUGUUUCCUUGCCUUUGCGCAGAGAUACAGAAACGAUAUCACCGAGGACCAGAGAGAGGCUUUGUUGGACUUGCUGCUCGUCAAGGGCCACAAGGCCAUUGGACCGGAGAUUAGAAGGGAGUUGUUGCAAGGCAGAGGUAGAGGUGUUUUGGCUCCCGAGGUCGCCAUGGCUGGUGUGGAUGGUGAUGACACUAUGGUUGAUAUCCAGUAG